AUGCGAUUUUCAAUACUUCUUGUUAUGCUGCCUCUGGCCUUAGGCGCCUCUGGUCAAGAAGGGCGCAGCGAGCCUGCUCCCCUCAUUGUGCACGGGAACAACCUGGUCGCCGGCAAGUUCAUCGUCAAGUUCAAAGAAGGCGGCUCCCUCUCAGCGUCGGAUGACUCUUUGAACCUUCUCUCUGCGGGCGCGGAUCAUGUAUUCCACACGGUCUUCAGAGGUUUCGCCGGCAAGAUUGACGAGGCGACUAUCGAAAACCUACGGGGCCACCCCGACAUCGAGUACAUUGAACAAGACUCCAUUGUAUCCGUUACUGGUUUUGUUGAUCAGGCGAAUGCCACGUGGGGCCUAGGUCGGGUCUCUCACCGGAAGUUGGGUAACAGUACGUAUACGUACGAUGACUCUGCCGGGGAGGGAACUUGCUCCUACGUUGUCGACACCGGCAUUGAUGCCAGCCACAAGGACUUUGGCGGGAGGGCCACGCAAAGAAAGUCCUUCGUCGAUGGUCAGGCCACGGAUGGCAACGGGCACGGGACGCACUGCUCCGGCACGAUUGGCAGCAAUACCUAUGGAAUUGCCAAGAAGACGAAUCUAUAUGGAGUCAAGGUUCUUGAUGAUAGCGGAUCUGGUUCGUGGUCGGCUGUCAUUGCGGGCAUGGACUACGUCGCCACCGAUUAUAAGACGCACAGCUGCCCCAAGGGCGUGUUCGUCAACUUGAGUCUUGAGGGCGGGUACUCCAAGUCGAUGAACGAUGCAGCCGCCGGUCUAGUCAAGCGGGGGUUCUUCAUCGGCGCGGCCGCAGGCAACUCCAACACCGACGUCGGAACGGACUCACCGGGUUCCGAACCGACGGUCUGCACAGUCGGGGCCACCGACGAGCGCGAUAGCCGCUCGACGUUUUCCAACUAUGGCCAGGCAGUUGACAUUUUUGCGCCGGGCAGCAACAUCCAGUCCACGUAUCCAGGAGGGGGCAACAAGGUCUUGUCUGGAACAUCCAUGGCCACGCCUCAUAUCGUUGGCCUGGCGGCUUACCUGGCGGCCUUGGAGGGCAAGUUGGGCGGAGAUGCGCUUUGCUCGCGAAUCAAGGAGUUGGGAACCAAGGAUGCAUUGCAGGGGAUUCCAGCCGGCACUGUCAACUUGCUGGCAUUCAACGGCAAUCCAAGUGGCUAA